UUUGCAGUGUGAGUCACUCUGUGUACUUAUACAUCUGCAGAGGACAAAGUUCCCUUCUCCGACUCUGCUAAUAUUUAACGGGACUGUAUUUGGGCGACAUGGCAGAGCACCAUGAGGAAGAAGCAGCACUGUUGACAUGAAGCCACUGUGUGCGACGCUAGCUGCUCAUCCAGACACACAUUGGACUGAGAUUCACUAACUUUUCAUUUCAGGGCCCUCCAUGCGUGGCAUGAUGGUGCUUCCUCUGUGGGUGCUGCUACUUUCCUGCGGGAUUCAAGCAGCUGGAGCUCAGAUGAAGCUGUACCCAGACACACUGACUGUCCUGCGAGGGGAGGAGGCUCGGUUUACCUGCAGCGCCUCCAACACCAAGUGGACCGUGAUGGUGUGGCUGCUGAACGGAACAUCGGCGGUCACCAUCUCAAAGUUGUACGGUAUCCUGCCGUCCCCCAUCACUAAUGUGACAGCUGAGAAAGUCCCCGGCUCCCAGGGAGACAGCUGGGUGUUUGUCCUGAACAGCACAGAGAGGUACAACCAGGGACAAGUGACCUGUGACCUUCAGGGCAUCGACAGGAAAUCAGCAAACCUGUUCGUACAAGAAAAGGGCAUCGUCCAAGUCUCGGGGGACGACAAGUUGGCUUUCAAGGGGAAGUCAGUGAUAUUUGAAUGCCGAGCAGCAGGAUGGUAUCCUGUACCCAGUCUGUACUGGCUGGUGAAUGACAAGAAGGUGAGCCAGGGUGAAUACAACAUCAGCAGUGAAGAGUCGGGGAAGGGCCUCUUCACUGUGAGCAGCAACCUCAGUGUGAUGGCGGCAAAGAGCUCUGUAGUGGAUUGUCUGGUCUUCGUGUCUGCCCUCACCACGCCACUGAAGAGCGGCGUCCGUCUGACAGUGGUUGCAGAGGUGGUGCAGGAAGAUGAAGACUGCACGCUCCUGCUGGCAGCGACUGCCUCCCUCUCUGCUCUUCUGCUGCUCCUCCUGCUCGGCAUCUGCAUUGUCCUCUGCUACAGACAGAGGAGACAAGCAAAUCCAAGCGCAAAGGAUCCUGCAUGGUUCAUCCAAUCGGUGGUUGGGAGAGAACUGGUUGCUGAGGCGACCAAGGGGAAGGAUAACCUGGGAUACUCUAAUGAGGGUCCCACAGAUCACGAAUUACGUCAACCCAGUGGGCCAGACGCAGAUUACAAUGAGCUAAUCAUGGAAAUUCGUAGAAAGAUGGACUUUGCCAGUUUUCACAAGGUCCCUGAUGUCGUGCACUCCAGCAACCCGUCUCUGCACAGUGAGAACCAAGGCCAGGCGAGUACGUCUGAGGAAAACCCUGUGAACGUCAGGAGGAUUACCACAGUUUGAAUGUAGUUUAUUAUGAUGUAAUAAAUAUGGUGUCGAUGAAAACAGCAUUUUUUGAUUAAGAUGUAUUAUAUUCACAACUGGACAACUCACCAGUGUUUUUAUGGUUAUACUUUUUGUAAAGCUAGAGGCUAAUGUUAAAAUAACUUUAUGAAUUCAGCAUACAGAUUUAAUGCAGCUAAAUCUUUGGUAUUUUCCAGUGAAUUCUCAAAAAUGUAAAUUGUUUGUGACUGCAUAACAUAGUAUUUUCAAUAAAUGUUUUUUGUUUGUCUA